AGACAUAAAAAUGUGAAAUGAAAUCUACCGCGUCGACGACAAUCGAAAGCUGCGCGCACAGUGCUGGUUCUUGGUCUGCUUUAAUGGAAGAGUGGCAUUAGGCGUUCUCGUUCUUGUAAUGUGGGUAUUUCACGGUCUUUAGAUUGAGUUUGGUAGGAGUUCCUGAAGCUGGUGUAAAGGAACCUCUAUAUGUUUGAGAUCAGAAGCCCUAAAUCUGAAUUUUCUCAAUUACACGAAAAAAUCUUGUAGCGAGUCAGCGAUCUGUUUUCUGUUACUACAAUUUUUGUCGACUUGAAUCUCUAUCACUCUCAUCUUCGAUGUCGAAAAGCAGCAACAGUGUAUCAAUCUCGGUUUCUGACAAUGAGUUGGACGACUUGGAAAGGAUGCGUGUUCGAGCUCGGAGGAAGCGAAAAAAACCAGGGAAUCGAGACAAGAAUGAGUUGGCUCGUCGAGUUUUUAGAAUAAUUUUGAAGUAUUGGGUGGUUGUUUUCUUCCUUCUUGCUUUGAGUUUGCUUCUGUUUGAGGCAACGAGAAUUGGUCGGAAAUCAAGGCUGGAGACGAAAUCGGAAGUUGCUGGCUCGACGAGACCAACGAUGGACGAGCCGGUAAUCGAAACUGAGAAGAAGUCGGAUUUAGACAGUAAACCAGACGGGAAUCUGAAUAAACUCGAUCCUGUUACUCGGAAGGUCGCCGGAGUAAGAGAACGUUGCUUGAAACUUCUUCCACCAAAAGAACUUGAGCAAUUGGAUAUUCCUGUACGCGACAGUUCGCCAGUUCCAGAGAUUGAUGUGCACUACAUAACUGAUAAUGACAGUUCAUUGUUAGUAGAUAAAGCUUCCUUGUUCCAACAGAGCAUGAAUGGAACAAGAUUUAAUCUGUUUACUGGAUACCAGACUCUCAACCAGAGAGAAGAAAGUUUUCAGGCGAAUAGAACUGUUGAGGUACACUGCGGUUUUUACUGUGAUAAUGGGGGUUUCAGAAUUUCUAAUGAAGAUAGAAAUUAUAUGCACAAAUGCUCCCUUGUGGUGUCAACAUGUGCAUUUGGCGGUGGAGAUGAUCUUUAUCAACCGAUUGGAAUGUCAGAGGCAUCACUUCGCAAGGUUUGCUAUGUUGCAUUUUGGGAUGAAAUCACUUUAAGUGCACAAGAGUUAGUGGGCCAUGUUAUUGGUGAGGAUGGAUUUAUUGGAAAGUGGCGUGUUAUAGUUGUGAGGGAUCUUCCUUUCACUGACCAAAGAUUGAAUGGAAAAAUCCCCAAGAUGUUGGGUCAUCGUCUCUUCCCUAACGUCAAGUACUCGAUUUGGGUAGAUUCGAAGUCUCAAUUCCGGAGGGAUCCAUUAGGAGUAUUUGAAGCUCUUCUUUGGCGUUCAGAUUCUGAACUUGCAAUAUCACAGCAUGGAGCUCGUAGUAGUGUCUAUGAUGAGGCUGGAGCUGUCGUCAAGAAACAUAAGGCCACCCCGGAAGAAGUUGAAGUGCAGAUUACACAGUACCGUCAUGAUCACUUCCCAGAUGACAAGAGGUUUAAUGGACAUAAAGCUCUGGCAGAGGCUUCUGUCAUUGUUAGGGAGCAUACGCCAGUGGUGAAUCUGUUGAUGUGCCUCUGGUUCAAUGAGGUGGUGCGGUUUACUUCAAGGGACCAGCUGAGCUUCCCAUAUGUGCUGUGGCGGCUGAAAGCUGUAAAGAAAAUUAAUAUGUUCCCCGUUUGCAUUCGCAAAGAUCUUGUCAAUAGUAUGGGCCACAUUCGCAAGGCUAAGCCUCUGAAUGUAAGCCGAUUAUCUUGAACUAAACUACUUUCUUUUCAACUGAAUCGUGGAAACUUUGUAUUAUUUCAUUCAUUCCUUAAUUUAACUACAUCCUCAAUU